AUGUGCAGUCUCAGGAGAUCCUCUUCUGCAACUCUCCCAGGUGGAGGGAGUUGUCUUGCUGAACUACAAUCUGGUUCGAUCGCAGCAACUUGGUAUGCUGGCUGGGACAGUGCAAAGUUUCCCUUGACGAAUCUUAGCUGGUCGAAAUACACGCACGUCAUUUAUUCCUUCGCAGAGACCUCGGGUGAUGAGAAUAUGGUGACCUUAGAGGAGAGCGACGCACAGAUCCUUCCCACUUUCGUGUCCCUUGCACAUCAGAAUAAUGUGAAAUCAAUACUUUCUGUCGGGGGCUGGGGAGGCUCGCGAUUUUAUUCGACUGCUGUCGCAAAUGAGGCGAACCGUACAGCAUUUGUCCAAGCACUGCUCAGUCUGGUUUCACAAUAUAAUCUGGACGGUCUUGACUUUGACUGGGAAUACCCGGAUGGCGAAGGAAUAGGAUGUAAUGCAAAAAGCGGCAUGGAUGCAAGCAACUUUUUGGCCUUCCUCCAGGCACUGCGUGCAGAGCCUGCAGGAGCUAAUUUGAUACUUUCAUCAGCCACAUCCAUCAAGCCCUAUAACGGCCAGGAUGGCACGCCUCUAUCAGACGUCUCGCAAUUCAGCAAGGUGCUGGAUUACAUUGAGAUUAUGAAUUACGACGUCUAUGGUUCAUGGUCCGCAACUGUGGGACCUAACUCCCCCUUAAACGACACGUGCGUAUCCUCAUCUGUGGAGCAACAAGGCUCCGCUGUAAGUGCUGUGAAAGCAUGGACAGAUGCAGGUUUCCCUGCUUCGCAAAUAGUGUUGGGAGUAGCAUCAUACGGACAUUCUUUCUCCGUCUCCAAUUCCGACGCACUUUCCGGGUCUAGUGAUAACUCCUCUGGGUCUGGGUCAGACUCGGGACAACUCCAACUAUAUCCACAAUUUAACAAGGCAAACCAGCCAGCAGGAGACUCUUGGGAUAGUACACCGGGUGACACGGAUGUCUGUGGGAACCCAACUGUUACUGGUGGUGUGUUCAACUUUUGGGGACUUAUCCAGGGAGGCUUUCUUGACGAGGACGGGGAUCCUGCAAAUGGGAUGAAGUUUACUUUCGACAACUGUAGCCAGACGCCCUUCAUCUACAACCCAAACACACAGGUUCUUGUCUCUUACGAUGACGCAAACUCCUUUGCUGCAAAGGGAAAAUUCAUCUCCGACACCGGUCUUGCCGGUUUCGCAAUGUGGCAAGCCGGAGGUGAUUCGGACGACAUACUUCUUGACUCUAUUCGCGAAGCAAUGGGGCAUCCCAGUGGUUCUAGUACUGGCGGGUGUUAAUUUCUCACAAACUUGUGUGCGCGUUCACAUUUUCUUCAUUAUCCUAGUCAGUCAAGCUAGUCUUGCAAGGACGGGCCCUGUACAGUCUGGAAUCUUACAUCGAG